UGCUCUUUACUGUUUUUUCGCCCUUCUAGGAAGAUUUCUCUGAUAUUUUGAAGAUUUCAAAACAUCUCAAGAAACACCGAAAAGGUCUUUGGACAUCACUUCUAAACGAAAAUGUCUGGGGUAGUAAUGGACGCCGAUUGGCAGAACAUCUCAAGGAAUGAUGCAUGGGUGUGGGCACCUGUUUCGUGGGAGUGGUGGGUGAUCGUCCAGUUGGUCCUGGCCAUCAUCGGUAUCCUAGGAAACUUACUGGUGAUGCUCGUGAUCUUUUGGCCAGGACGUCGACGCUGUGCCACCGACAUCUUGAUCGGUGCUUUAGCCAUGGCCGAUUUCCUAACAUCCAUCUUCAUCAUACCACAUCGUAAAGUCAUCCAACUUCCGGACACGGUUGGAGGCGAGCUCUACUGUCGGAUUAUCCAUUCAUCUGUCUUGAUGUGGAUAUCCAUUUGCGCAUCCAUCUUCACCCUGACAACCAUAUCGAUCGAGAGGUUGAUGGCUGUACGAUUUCCAAUCUGGUUCCAACGUCUCUUCUCUCCAAAGCGCACCUCAAUCGCAGUCAUUGUCAUCUGGAUCGCAGCCUUUAUAAUCAACAUUGGAAGUCUCUACGCCCUCUUCGUAACAGAAGACAGGCAGUGCGUACUCUCCUUGCCUGUGGCCUUUCACCGAUUCCUUGGUGUUUGCUUAUUCAUUCUUAAGUAUGUCAUGCCUGUCGUCAUCAUGGUGACAUCGCACGCUUGGACCAUCUACAGCCUUCGUCAACGGCAAGUUUCGGCACUCCGUCAGGUUCAGAGUCGUGUCCUCCAAACGCUCCUCAUCGUCGUCAUCACUUUCAUCAUCUGUUGGACACCUGAUCAGUUUGGAUUCUUGGUCUUCAACCUUGGCAUCGUCCCGUUCACCCACCUCUUCAGUCCUCUGUACCGAUGUUUUGUCAUCCUUGCCUUCGCCAACUCCUGUGUGAACCCUUUUAUCUACGCUGCCAGAAUGCCCAGAUUCAGGAAAGCUCUGAAGGAUCUGUUCUGGAUAAAGGGUACCCCACGCGGUGAAGGAAACCCAUCGGUAUUCGCUAUUGACGGGGAGGGCAAAUCUGACGUAAAAGAGAUACCAUAAUACUAAGGACAAGAUCAGUUUUCUUCUAGAUCACCCUUUCCAACUAUAGUUGUUCAAUCUAA